CGUAGUGUAUGACUGUCAUUUUCCCAAGCGCCAGUGAUUUGUAUUGUUUCUAUUUCCUCGUAAUUUAAAUUUAUCAAUAUUAAUUAUGUCUCUUGGGGUGGAAUAUGAAAAAGCCGAUUCACGGAACAUUCCACUGAUUAAUGAAACCAUGAUAGCUAGAUUCUUCACAACAAACGCGAGUUUCGCAAGUUCCGAAAUGAAGCAAAUAAAAGUGCAAAGAUCGGGAAGAAAAGCGUAUGGAGACUUUGCCGUAGGAUAUGUGAAAUUACGACGAUUCGGCUCAAAGUGUGACGUAAGAGCUAAUGUUACUUCUGAGCAUCGCAUUAACCAUCGACCGUACGAGGUUUCGCUUAUUAUUGACGAGCAUAAUAAUAUUGUUGAACAAUUUAUGUGUCAAUGCGAGGCAAAUGAGGGGGGAUGCAAGCACGUUUCAGUGUUCCUGUUUUGGCUUUUUCGACGAAAUGAGUUACCCGCAUCAACUGAUGUAGAAUGUUAUUGGAAAAUGGCUCCAAUGACAGAGGCAGCUCGAAGAAAAGGGGUGGUCUGGGCAGCAGAAAUGGAGACUGCAAAAGCACGAAAAAAUACACACGAUAGCUCGAGUGACUCAAGCGUUAGUCACUCACCUAAUCAACAUCGCAAGCUGGAUCCAACGAUCAAAGCAAACAUUUCGAUUAGGUUUGCGCUUAGCCAAGCAACUAAUGAACCAUUUGGAAUGCUAAAAUAUUUGCUUCCAUACGACCCGCACAAGCUGUUAUCGGUCGAUAGACUAUUCAUAUGCUUCAAACAAUCACAGCCAACAUCCUACAGUAUGGAAAAGUUUUUUGAAUUCUGUCACGCAAAAAUGACGACGGAUUUACUUGAUUCUAUCAGUUCUAAAACCGUAAACCAACAUACAAACGCUGAUUGGUAUACUUACCGCAUCGCUCGCAUAACUGCAUCAGUAUGUUAUGAAGCAUCGAGAUGUACAACCUACGAUGGAUCUCUUAAAGAACGAAUUAUGGGUUUCAACACCCCAUUUGAGUCGAUCCAAAUGAAGCGGGGCAAAGUCAUGGAGAAACGUGUUUUGAAGGUUGUGCAGAACCAAUAUGGAAAAAUAGAGAGAAGUGGGUUGUAUUUGGCAGCCGAUCAUCCACAUUUAGGAGCAACUCCUGAUGGUAUCCAAAGCGAGAGAGUUUUUGAGGUGAAAUGCCCUUCUUCAAUGAAAAGAGUUGGUGACUACAUUUCGGAGUCCGGUAAUGUUUGUGCCAAGUGGAUUGCGCAAAUGCAUCUUCAAAUGCAUUUGACUGGAAGGAAAAAAAGCCAUUUUCUGUGUAGCAGUACCAUCUUUUGAAAAAAACGAAAUAAUUGAAAAUGUAAUGAUCAAAGAGGUUACUUACAAUGAAAAAUACUGCUUAAACCUUAUAAGCCAGUUGAAUCUAUUCUGGGAAAAGGCAAUUUACUCUUCGAUUAAAAACCAGUAUUUAUUUGAAUUUAAGUAAAGUAAAUUGUAAU